UAUCUUUACACGAAACAUACUACAACACUUUCCAACUAUAACAAGCUAAAACAUUAAAAAUGGCUUCAAGAGCAUUGGCAAACAUAGCUUUUCUCCUUACCUUCAAUCUUCUUUUCUUCACUCUUGUAUCCUCCACUAAUACCCCAAAAGACUGCCCACCUCCACCAAAACCUCCAACACCUCCAAAAGUUUGCCCACCUCCAACAUCACCUCCACCAUCACCAGAAGUUUGCCCACCUCCCACAUCAUCUCCAACAUCACCUCCGACAACAUCACCUCCCACAACAUCUCCAACAUCACCUCCUACAUCAUCUCCAACAUCACCUCCCACAACAUCACCUCCCACAUCAUCUCCACCAUCAUCUCCAACAUCACCUCCCACAACAUCACCUCCCACAUCAUCUCCAACAUCACCUCCCACAGCAUCUCCACCAUCAUCUCCAACAUCAUCUCCAACAUCACCUCCCACAGCAUCUCCCCCAUCAUCUCCAACAUCACCUCCCAUAGCAUCUCCCCCAUCAUCUCCAACAUCACCUCCCACAGCAUCUCCACCAUCAUCUCCAACAUCACCUCCCACAGCAUCUCCCCCAUCAUCUCCAACAUCUCCAACAUCAUCUCCAACAUCACCUCCCACAGCAUCUCCCCCAUCAUCUCCAACAUCACCUCCCACAGCAUCUCCACCAUCAUCUCCAACAUCACCUCCCACAGCAUCUCCCCCAUCAUCUCCAACAUCACCUCCCAUAGCAUCUCCCCCAUCAUCUCCAACAUCACCUCCCACAUCAUCUCCAACAUCACCUCCCACAGCAUCUCCCCCAUCAUCUCCAACAUCACCUCCCACAUCACCGGGGGGGCAUUGCAUAUCGCCUCCAACAGCUUCAACACCUCCAACACCUAUAGAACCUUCAACGCCUCCAACACCUAUAGAACCUUCAACACCUUCACCGACACCUUCAACCUCUCCUAAAGCCACUUGCCCGAAAGACAUUCUCAAAUUGGGUGUGUGUGCUAACUUGCUCAACAACCUUCUCCCAAUAGUCAUCGGAAACCCAUCAGAGACACCAUGUUGUUCCCUCCUUUCCGGCCUCGCAGAUCUUGAUGCUGCAGUUUGUCUUUGCACUGCCAUUAAAGCUAAUGUCUUAGGAAUCAACCUCAAUGUUCCUGUCUCAUUGAGUGUGUUGCUUAACUACUGCGAAAAGAAGUCCCCAUCUGGCUUCCAAUGCACCUAGGUUUUGAAAGCUUAAAACUAUAGAUUGUUGUAUUUUGGAAUAUCAUUUCUUAUGUUCAAUUUAAUGUAAUGAAGCAUGUACGACAUGAUUCAAGAAUAAAGUUGUGUACUCUGUCUUUUGAAA